CUCCCACGCCUACCCACAUCCACUCUCUUAUCUUCAUAUUCAAACUUUCAACUUCCCCCCUUUGACUAAUCACUCACCUCAUUCUCUGACCUUUGACUUUUUGACCACCACCCCCCUCAUGGUCAUAUAAAACUCUACCUUCUCUCUCCUCAACAAUUCAUAAAUCUAAAAUCAUACAAUUUCCCAGCCUUGAGUCUUUUAGAGGUUUCCUUGUUUCAUAACAUAAUAAUGGCGAAAAAUGAGAAUGAGCUGUGUGUAAGCAUACCAAGCUACUUUCAAUGUCCGAUCUCAAUGGAAGUGAUGAAAUCUCCUGUUUCUCUCACCACUGGAGUUACCUACGAUCGUUCAAGCAUCCAAGCAUGGCUCGAUGGCGGUAACACAACUUGUCCUGCUACUAUGCAAUCUCUCUCCUCACCUUCAUUCGUCCCUAACCUUACGCUUCACCGUCUCAUCCACCUCUGGUCUAUUUCUCAUUCUCUCUCUCCUCCUUCUCCUCGCCUUCAUCUUCCCUCUCUCAACCUCCAAAACCCUCACGAUCUUCCGAUAUCUCUCAGAAAAAUCCACGAUCGAGCUAGCAAAUCCAAGGAAAAUCGAACAGUUUUGGCGAAAUCUGACGAAUUCUUGAGUUCGAUCGUUGAAUUGAUGGUGAAAUCUGAUGAAAUUGAGAUUCUCGAGUUGAUUUCGUUGAUUUUGAAUCUAUGCGGAGCAGAGAAAAUCGUUAAAUUGAUAAGGAGUUUCAAUUGCUUGCCUAAAUUCGUCGUUGUUCUGCGAAACGGAAGCGUCGAAUCGAAGAUUGCAGUCGCGAAGAUCUUGCGUAAGAUCGCGAUUGAUAAAGAAACAACGAAACGAUCGUUGAUCGAAACGCCGAAUUUGAUAGUUGAUCUUUUCAAUUUAGUCAAGUUUGGUUCAGAUUCAUCGAUUGAAGCUGGAUUAUCGGCGUUGAUCGCAAUUUCAACCUCGAAAUCAGCUAAAACGGAGAUGGUGAGACUAGGGAUGGUGCGAAGAGUGGCUGAGAUCCUCUGCGACGCGGAGAGAGAAAAUAAGAUGAUGGUGAUUGAACGAUCUAUGGAGAUGUUAGAGGUGAUGGCCACGUGUACGGAGGGGAGGACAGCAAUAUGUGAGGAGGAGAAAUGUGUGGCUGAGAUCGUAAGAAAAUUGAUGAAAGUAUCGGCGAAAGCAACGGAGCACGGUGUUACGGUUUUGUGGAGUGUAGGGUAUCUUUUCCGGGAUGAGAAGGUGAAGGAAAUAUUGGGGAAGAAUAAUGGGUUGGGGAAGUGUUUGUUGUUGCUUCAAAGUAAUUGUUCACCUAUUGUGAAGCAAAUGUGUGGUGAUUUGGUGAAGGUUUUGAGGGUGAAUUAUAAGUCUUGUUUGGGUGUUUAUGAUACUAAGACUACCCAUAUUAUGCCUUAUUAAAUGCUAAAAAAAAAAAAGAAUUGUAGUACAAUUAGUGAAUUUACUCAUUUAAUUAGUGUAGGAUUUGGUGAUAGGUUGUAGGAUAGUGUUAGAUACUUGGAAUUGGAGUUGCAUGAAAUUGUGUCAACAGAGAUUCAUAGAUUUUGUUGUUUGGGAGAAGUUGUAAAUUUGAUACACAUUUGAUCAAAAGAAUGUACACAGUAUACAUGAAUAUUGAAUAUACCUAAAUUAAAGGAAA